GGGAUCGAGCACCUUAAAUAUCUACCUUUGCUCCUAAACCCAGCAAAACACCUCAACUUGAAAAAUCAAACUUAACAUGGCAUUUUACAUUCGCAUUUCCAUCGAGUUAUUAACAUGGGCUUCCUUAUUUUUCUGCUCGACAAUUUGUACUGGCACUGGCAGCACAUUUGUGGCCGGGACAACACCGGAGGCACUAGCCCUGUGGAAGAGUGGGUGGUGGAAUGCCUCCAUCAACAACGUUGCAGACCAUUGUAGCUGGCCUGGUAUAACAUGUGACGGUGCUGGGAGCAUUACCGAGAUUAGUCCACCUGAUUUUAGUGUGGGAGAGAAGUUUGGAAAAAUGAACUUUUCUUCCUUCCCCAAUCUUGUUCGCCUUAAUCUUAGCCAUCAAGGACUCGAUGGGAGCAUCCCACAUCAAAUUGGUGAUCUUCCAAGACUCGAGCACCUUAAUCUGUCCAACAACCAUCUAACAGGUACAUUGCCUUCUUCACUUGGAAAUCUCACUCAAUUACGGAUGCUUGACGUAUCUUUCAAUUACAUAAACUCCAUCUCCCUAAAAUUCAGGAGUUUGAAGAAUCUUGUUUCUUUGAACUUGACUGGGAACAACCUCAAUGCAUCCACUGCUCCAAUUAUAGGCCUUCCCACCAAUCUUUCCCACUUGGAGUUGGCCUCAAAUCCUUUUUGUUGUAGUAUCCCUUCAGAAAUAUGGAACUUGAAGAGUCUUGUAGCCUUAGACAUGAGUUAUUGCUCCCUCAAUGGUCCAAUCUCUUCCAACAUCAGUCAUUUAACCAAUCUGGUUUCUUUGUCUCUUGCAAACAAUCAAAUCAAUGGAUCCAUACCUUCAGAAAUGGGAAAUUUAAAGAACUUGGUUUCUCUGGAUCUAUCUGGAAACUUGUUUGUGGGUCUAAUACCAUCCCGUCUUGGACAAUUAACCACUUUGACAUUUCUAGAUCUCAGUUCCAAUUCGUUUAGUGGCUCCAUCCCUCCAGAAUUUGGGGAAUUGACGAAUCUCACUAAUCUUCGCAUCAAUCGCUGCGGACUUGUUGGUCCGCUCCCUCCAACUUUGGGUCAGUUGACAAAUUUGAGAUACUUGUUUCUUUAUGAGAAUUGUUGCGGCAUGUGGUUCUGCAUGGUGGUUGGAAAAGCAAAUUUCAGCCUUUGAAAUUUGGUUGCAUGGGAAAUUGCAUGGCAGCCCAAUUUUGUUGAAAAAUUGGAAGUCUCAUGGCAGCCUUUGAAUGGAAAUUUGGUUGCUACAACUUUGUCCAUGCAACAUUUAUUGUGCAUGGUUGGAUGAUGACUUUGGAGCCCAUUGCAUUCAUUGUGGGUGGUUGGCAUUUGGCUAUAAAAGGCCAUUUGGCCAUUCGGCAAAUCACACCAAGAAGAGCAAUCCAAAGCAAAGUGAGCUCUAGAAAAUACAAGAGUUUUGUGAGUGCUUUGGGUGAGUGUGAGCAAGAACAGAGUGGUUAAAAUUACUUUGCUGAGUGUUUUUUGAGUGUGUCUCGCAUUCAAAAAUACUAUGAGUAAGAUUUGGGUGUAAUUGGGGAUUGGGUAUUUUUCUGAGAGUA